AUGGACCUUUCGGGCCCGGUGAAGCUGAAUGUGCGUGUGAGGACGAGAUCGCAGAGCGCAGGAUGGGCUGUGAAUAGAGAUCCAACAGAGGCCGUAUCUACCAAUUCAAAGCCACUACCUGAGGACAACAUCUCUCGAAAUACACAUCCAUCAUCGAAGAAGGCUAUUCUUCUUGAUGACAUUAGUAGUAACUUGACGGAGGAUGACCGGUCCAUGGCGAGUCAGUCGGAGAACGAGCUAGAGAUCCCGAUGAUUGCCGCCAGUGCGAGAACGAUCACAUCGCAGGAGGAGCCAGGAGUUUCCUCCAAGCCUCUCAAGGCAGAACAUAUAUCCCUAGAGACCGUAUUGGCCGACUCCAGCCCCGCUCCGGCUCAAGCACUUGGCACACACACACAAGAGGAGCACCAACUUGGACACUCAGGUCAAGAGGACGGGCUCUCCUUUGAGCCACAACCUGCAUCGACUCACGAGACCGCAAGACCGUCAGUCAGAUUCCAAGAGGGAGGAGAUGUGAUGAUUCCGCAAGUUCUCAGCUCAAUCCUGAAAAAUCCGCAAAGCGCCCGGCUGCCGGAGAGCGAGAACGCAUCAGUGGCGAUUAGCCCUUCGUCGCGUCCGAAACGCAAGCAAGCGACCGACCAUCGCAAGGACACUCCGAUCUCGAAGCGAAGGAAGGUCGUGACCGGAAAUGAGCCAUUGCUAUACUCGCUUGAAGAUUUUCAAGGCGCAAUGUGUCUCUUGGAGUUACGUCUAGCAGGCAGAGAGGCCGUGCUUCCCUCCGUGGUGCUCAACGCCGCCCCUGAAGUGGAGAUUGCUGAACCAAUCAGUGGUGACCCGCCUCAGAUUCCAGAUCCCUGCCCAUCGCAAAACCGACAAGCGACAACUUCCACUCGACAGAUGGAUUCGGGAUCGGAGUCAGAGCAGCGAGGAGUUGAGCCGUUGGGCAACGAGGGAGAGAAGCUGGAGACCUCCUCAGAACGCAUCCAGAGUCUGUACAAAAGAUUCUCGUUUGUGCCCCGGUCCACGUGCGUGAAGAAUUACGCCAUGACGCCAGACUCUGACGAGGAUAAUAUAGUGAUACCGCGACCGAAUACAUCUUGA